GAGGCGAUGACGCCCCCAGGUGAGCCGCCGCAGAAGUUCGCAAGUCGCAGUGGAUUUUUUUCUCGCUCGCCUGUCAGGAAUGGGGCGGGGCUCCUUCAGUGAUUUGUGUGCUAAAGCAGUGAGAUUGUGCACAAAGGAAAACCCGGAGAAGUAAAAAUAUCCGUGAAUACGUUUUAAGUGUGUUGUGGACUUUGAGUGACAGCUGAAGCCCAGAGCAGGAAGUGAGGGGAGGUGAAGCGGCGUGAUGGCGGCUAUCGGUAACCCCGGCAGCGCCUCCGGCCCUGUCCUCAUGCUAGCUGCUAAAACCAAGACCAAAAAGAAAAACUUCGUCCAACAGAAAGUGAAGGUUUUACGAGCCAGCGACCCGGUCCUCAACGUGUUUAUGUGGGGAGUAAAUCAUUCGAUAAAUGACCUAAACCAGGUUCCAGUCCCAGUGAUGCUUCUCCCUGAUGACUUUAAAGCCAACACCAAAAUCAAAGUCCAGAACCAUCUUUUCAACAAAGAGAACCUCCCGGGGCAUUUCAAAUUUAAGGAGUACUGCCCACAAGUGUUCAGGAACCUUCGAGAGCGAUUCGGAAUCGAGGAUCUGGACUUCCAGGCUUCUCUGACCCGUAGUCCCCCGGUGAAGGGUGAGGGGCAGGGCGAGGGUCUUCUCUUCACCUCAUACGACCGCACUCUGGUGGUGAAGCAGAUCUCCAGCGAGGAUGUAGCCGACAUGCACAGCAUCCUGUCCGAAUAUCACCAGCACAUAGUGAAGUGUCACGGCAGCACGCUCCUCCCUCAGUUCCUCAGCAUGUACCGCGUGAGCGUAGAGAGCGAGGACACCUACCUCAUCGUCAUGAGGAACAUGUUCAGCCACCGGCUCCUCGUGCACAGGAAAUAUGACCUUAAGGGUUCUUUGGUGUCUCGAGAGGCCAGCGAUAAAGAGAAGGUGAAAGAGUUACCCACCUUCAAAGAUGUGGAUUUCAGGAACAACAUGCAGAAGGUGUACGUGACCGACGAGCAGAAAGAGAAGAUCCUGGAGAAGCUCAACAGAGAUGUUGAGUUCUUGGUGAAGCUAAAGAUAAUGGACUACAGCCUGCUGCUGGGGAUCCACGACGUGGUGCGGGCCGAGCGCGAGGAAGAGGAAGCAGAGGAGCCGAGCUGCGAGGACGAAGGCGAGACGGAGAACGGCGUCAACCCCGCGCCGCACGUCGGCUCCUACGGCACGUCACCCGAGGGGAUCGCCGGCUACAUGAACUCUUUUAAGCCCAUGGGCCCUGGCGAGUUCGACCCUUACUUGGAUGUUUACGCCGUCAAAAGCGCCCCAGGCGCACCACAGAAGGAGGUGUACUUCAUGGGUCUCAUAGACGUGUUGACGCAGUACGACACCAAGAAGAAAGCCGCACAUGCAGCUAAGACUGUUAAACACGGGGCUGGUGCGGAAAUAUCCACCGUUCAUCCAGAACAAUACGCCAAACGAUUCCGCGACUUCAUCUCCACUAUUUUCGCGUAGUGCUUCUUUCCCAGUCUUGAUCUCGACUGUCUUCCCAUGUUGUUCAGUUCGGGGUAUCUCUCAUCUGUUUUGUAUAUAUUUUACAAAAAAAGAAAAAAAACAAACAAACAAACAAAAAAUAAACCCUCACACGAGCACACACUCGCUACGUAGGCAAGAAAGAACGAGCGUAAACAUUCUGAUUAAUGUUAACAAAAUCACCUACAUAUUUAUUUGGGAAUAAUCCCAGACGAGACUGAAAUCACCUUCUUUAACAUACCUUUCACUAACAUAUCUACACUCCUGAGUAUACUCCUGUCUAAGAAAUGUGAACCUGUAGCAAUACCACCACACUAAACCAUCAUUCCACGUGAGCAAGCUCUGUUUCUCUCUCUCUCUCUCUCUCUCUCUCUCUCUCUCUCUCUCUCUCUCUCUCUCCCUGUCUUACAGUACGGAGCGAAGAAAGCCGCCUUGUUGUUCUCGGCGUAACGCGACCCGCUGUUACUCACCGCCUUUAACAGCUUUGCUUUCUUUUUUUGUUAAUAACUAAUUUGUUGGCAUUUGUACCUAAUGUCUAGAGAGAAGAAAAAAAAAAGCAAUAUUUUGAAUGUUGAAUAUUUGUACAAAUUCCUAGAGUAUAUAGUUCCGAAUGUUUUUUCUAGACAUUUUAUGCCGUUUAGAUGAAAAGGAUGGAAAAAAAAAAAACAAAACAAAUCAGCCGCUUAGGAAACAGCACUAGGAUCGCAUGCCUUGUUGUUUCAUUUUAUUUAUAUUGAAAUUCAGUGUUUGGACCAAAUAUAUUUUUUGAGGAUUUUCAGAAA